AUGCCGGUAAUGAAGAGCCAACUUCCAAAAAUUCCCAUGGUCUUCGCCAUUGUCAUGGCCGUCAUCGCCAUUGGCAACGGCGCACCCACACCUAUCAAGGCUUUGGCUGUCCGUGACGGCCCCGAACUUGACAUCAUGCGCGCGGCGGUUCACGCAGAGCUCUUCCCAACAAUCAUCGAGACACAUAUAAUUUUUGCUAUUACUGCAUUAUCAAUAGUCCUAGCGGUGAUGCCACUAGACAAGUACGUAGCCCGACGGCUGGACAACGGUUUCACUGCCACACCUGAAAAACAGGCACUUGCCGAGGCAAAUGAGGAAAAAGACAGGUACAUCUUUUCGGAAGCGCUGGCCGAAAACUUCCCCGACACUGUCGAGCUUCGGUACCAAAUUUUGGACGUGGUGUUCGCCGGCCGCGACACCACGGCCUCGCUCAUUAGUUGGGUGUUUUACAACCUCGCGCGCGACCCGGCCCGGUACCUGAAGCUGAGGGCAAAAGGCACGGGUGGGAGUUUAUACCGGUAG